GUUAGGUCUUGGCGGUCGCUGAAUUAUUCGCUGGCAAACAGCAGCAACCACAACUAGCGCGCCGCAUCGAACGAACAAAAUUAAAUAUAUAUCAAUUUCAAAUCGACGAAGAAUUUGGCUAAAGAAAUUCCAAUUUAGUUUUGUGUGGCAAAUUCUGUGGAUUUUCUUUUCCGUCUGUGUUCUCGCCGCGUGUGUUCAAUUCAAUUUUUGUUUAUAUUUUUUUUUUAUCUACUUUAAUAUUAUUAGUUUUCGUGUUAUGUGCAGCUGAUUGGCUGAUUGCAUGCGCAAGGAACACAUUUGCAGCGCUAUAUUCGGUGCCUCGUUUCCUGCUGGGAUGCGCUGCCAAAUGCUGGCGCUACUGGCGCUGCUGUGCAGCUGCCUGGGCACGCGUUGCGGCUGCUGGGCACUAGGUGGCGCUGCCGCCGCUGUCACGCACCCCACGUGCAAUCUGAAGGAUAAUUGCAAUUUGGGCGAAAAUCUUCUAACGGUGGCCGGCGAUGGUGAUCCCGUUGAGACGCACAUUGCCUCCAUUUUCGAGGAUAAGGUCAACUAUAGCCUCAAACUGUUUGCGGAUGAUGCCAAUGCGGCCACAACGACAACAACAUCCAGCAACAGCGCCACAACAACAACGGUGCUGGACGUGCUGCACGAUGCGCUCGCUGCGGGCAAUCUCAGUGAGCUGCAUCAUCACGCCAUCAGCAACUACACGCUGCGGCAGUUGAGUGACAGGCGUGAGGAGGAGCAGGAUCAGGUGGAGGAGGAGGAGCGCGUUUAUUUGUACAACAUUGGCCAACGCUUCUUGGCCUUUUCGCAGCCUUUCGAUGCCGCUCGUAAUCCGAAUGCCUCGCCCCUUUGUCGCGCCCACAUGCGACGCUAUAUGCAGGCGUUAAACAAUUUUGAUCUGUGGGCCUUGAAAAUGCACGACGCUAGCGGCAAAUUGAACUCGGGCAUUCUCAAUGGCAACAUCAACCAGCCGGGCGACUUCGAUCAGUGCAUGGGCAUACAGCAAACAUUCGAUGACGGCACCGAUGGCAGCCCGGCGAAUUCACAGCUGCGCGGCCAAUACUGCUUGGCGUAUGCACAGCCAGUGCUGCCACACAAAUCGAAGCGACUGCAAGCGUUCUUCGAGCUACUGCAAUCGCACGGGCCCUUCCGCAGCGAAUUCAAUGACCCUGGACAUCGCGUGCCUCGCUAUUCAUUGGUCAAUUGGGGCAUCUGCGUGCCAUCGGGCUGCACGCAUCGCGAUGUUGAGUACAGUGUGGCCGAGUAUUUGCGCAACCAGACCACCGCCACGGGCAUCACGUUCCAAGUGCGCGUCGAGCCGAAGAUGUGCCAGGUGCGCGAUCCCCAGCCCUGGGACCGCAACACCACCUGGGCGGUGCGCUUCUUUGUGCUGGUGCUCUGCGUGGCCGUUCUCUCCACGGUGUACGAUCGCAGCACCAAGACGCAGCCAAAGCAGAAUGAGUGGUGUACGGCCUUCUCGCUGGACAAGAAUCUGCGCUGGCUGUUCAGCACGAACAGUUCGCCAGGCGACAUCGAAGCCGUGCAUGGCAUUCGAUUCCUGAACGCCAUGAUGCUCAUCUUCUCGCACAAAUCGAUGGCCAUGUUCUUCAAUCCGUACAAUAAUCGCACGGCCAUGUCGGAGAGCCUGGGCCAGCCCUGGACGGUCAUCGGACGCGCCGCCUCCCUCUACACGGACCCGUUCCUACUCUUCAGCGGCAUGUUGACGUCGUAUUCGCUGUUCGGACGACUGAUGAAGCAGCAGCCGAUACGCUUGAAGAACGAGUACAUCAGUCGCCUGAUGCGCAUCGUGCCGCCUCUGGCUGCUUUGAUACUCUUCUGCACCUACGUCCUGCCCCUGUGGGGCUCCGGGCCGCAGUGGAACCUGGUGGUGGGGCACCAUGCGGACAUUUGCAAGCAGCAUUGGUGGCGCAACCUGCUCUUCAUCCACAACUACUUCGGCUUCAGCGAGAUGUGUCUCACCCACACCCACCAUCUGGGCAUCGAUACGGAACUGUUCGCCGUGGCGCCGCUCUUCAUCUUUGUGCUCUGGCGCUGGCCACGUCGCGGCCUGCUCGCCCUGCUGUUCCUCUGCACGAUAGGCACGGCGGCACGCUACUAUACGACCAUUGUGAAUCAGCUCUCCAACUACAUAUACUUUGGCACCAACAUUCAGCGUCUGUUCCGCACCGCGGACUACAUGUACUCGUUCCCCCCGCACCGCUCGACGGUCUACAUCAUGGGCAUCCUGCUGGGCUAUGCGCUGCGCAAGUACCAAGGCGUCCAGCUGAGUCGUCUGCAGUUGCGCCUGGGCUGGCUGGCAGCGACCGUCUGUGUGCUCGCCUCCCUGUUGGGACCCGCUCCGAUGGGGCAUAUUAGCUACGUCUACAACUCGACCCAUGCGGCGAUCUAUGCAGCCUUUGCGCCGAUUGCCUGGUGCCUGUUCUUCUCCUGGAUCGUCUUCGUCUCACACAAUGGCUACAAGAAUAAACUAACCAGACUGUUCAGCUGGCGCGGCUUUCAGGUAUCCACGAAGCUGUCCUACGCCAUUUACCUCACGCAAUUCCCCGUCUUCUUCUUCAACGUCGGACGAAGGCGUCACAUACAUCACUAUUACAACUUUGUCUCGAUUAUUCUCGAUACCAACGAAUUUAUCUCGAUCUUUCUGGCCUCCGUAGCGCUAACGGUGCUCUUCGAUGCGCCCUUCCAGAACCUCAAGAAGCUGCUCAUCAAGCGCCCAUCAAGCAGCCCGGCGAUCAAGUCGAAGGCGCCGGCGACGACGUCCAGCACUGCCUCCCAGCUAACGGAUACCCCACAAUCGCAGGAGCGUCCGUCAACAGAUCCGCAGUCGCAUUCGCAUCCGCAUCCGCAUGCCGAUUAGCCAGCUAAUCGAUCUGCGUGUGUUUGUAUUUUGUAAAUUUGUCUUAGCAUUUAGUCGCAAUGUAUUUAAUUCGCCUAAGCCGACGCCCGUACACCCUACCGCCCAUUCCUGUGCGCAUACACCCACUGCCCGAAUACCCUACCCUUAGUCAUAGUGAAACGCUUUAUACGUUGUAAAUUGUACUUUUAGUCAUUCCGAAAAGAGAGAGAACGAGAGAGAUAGCAAUAGAUUGUUGUUCUUUUUUUUUCAUAGUCAUAAAUUAACCGAUCGCUGCUUUUUUAUUGUUUUACCAUCAUCCUGCUUUGCUAUAAAGUCUCUAUAUAUAUAUAUGUACGAUAUACCUAAUUGUAAGCCAGGUCGAAAGCGCUUUAUUUUAUUUGUACCUUAAUUUUUA